GGGCAGGGUCUGAUCUCCAGGAUCCAGAGGAGGCGGAGUUGACUGAGGCAAGAUCGGGUUUUAGGUUUAGGCUUCCCUCACGGAUUAGAAAGAAUUCAUUGAGAGACAAAGUGAUAGGUAAGAAGUGGAUUUUUUUAGAGAGACACACUCCAUAGACAGAAUGAGGUCCAUCUCAAAAGGUGAGAUGGCCUUGGGAGAAACACACUCCACAGAGUGUGGAACAUCUCAGAAGAAAGAAGAUGUCUUGUGCUGAGUAUUCUUUUCAUGUGCCAAGUCUAGAGGAGCUUGUUGGAGUUCUGCAGAAGGGGCUAACGGAUAACUUUGCUGAUGUCCAGGUCUCUGUAGUUGAUUGCCCUAAUUUGACCAAGGAGCCAUUUACCUUUCCCGUAAAAGGUAUCUGUGGGAAAACUAGAAUUGCAGAAGUAGGAGGUGUGCCUUACUUAUUGCCUCUUACAAAUAAAAAAAAAGUUUAUGAUCUAAAUAAAAUUGCAAAAGAAAUCCAGCUUCCUGGAGCUUUUGUUCUUGGAGCAGGAGCAGGCCCAUUUCAGACUCUUGGAUUCAAUUCUGAGUUUAUGCCAGUUGUUCAAACAGAAAGUGAACACAAACCUCCUGUGAAUGGAAGUUACUUUGCUCAUGUUAACUCUGCAGAUGGAGGGUGCCUACUUGAGAAAUACAGUGAGAAAUAUCAUGAUUUUGGGUUUGCAUUACUGGCUAAUCUUUUUGCCAGUGAAGGCCAACCUGGAAAGGUCAUUGAGGUGAAAGCCAAAAGAAGAACUGGAAAACUUAACUUUGUGACUUGUAUGAGACAGACUCUUGAAAAACAUUAUGGAGAUAAGCCUGUAGGAAUGGGAGGUACUUUCGUGAUUCAGAAGGGAAAAGUGAAGACUCAUAUUAUGCCAGCAGAAUUUUCUUCCUGCCCAUUGAACUCUGAUGAAGACGUGAAUAAAUGGUUACGUUUUUAUGAGAUGAAGGCUCCUUUGGUUUGUCUGCCAGUUUUUAUCUCCAGAGACCCAGGGUUUGAUUUGCGGUUGGAGCACACUCAUUGUUUUAGUCAUCAUGGAGAAGGUGGACACUACCAUUAUGACACCACCCCAGAUAUAGUGGAAUAUCUUGGAUACUUCUUACCUGCAGAGUUUCUCUAUCGCAUUGAUCAACCAACAGAGACCCAUUCAUUUGGGCGAGAUUAAAUCAACUGAUACUCGUUUGACUGAUUAACUCAUUAAUUGAUACUAAUAUAAAGCCUAAUAGAAAUGAUCUCACUACUUAAUAAGCCCUAUUUUUUUCGGCCUUUGAAAUGAAAGGUAUGUCGACACCGUGCUCUGUAUUACUUCACAGAUCUAUCUGAAAGGGAUUAUUGGG